CCCUUUAAACGCCACGGGAGGAGAGGAGCGAGGCUCGCCAUCGCUCCGGCUAUCGAGCGCCGCCGUUGUUUAAUUGCCCGUUACUUCGGAUUUGCUGCAACCAGGCGUCGCCGUCGAAAAUCAUUCUUCAUCGAUUUGAAAUUCGAACGUGUCCGUUGUCCGAGUACGGAUAGGCCUUCAACAUGCCUGGCGCAAGCGUUGCGGUUCUUCCUCCGACGUCUUCAACUACGGCCUCACGAAAAACAACCAUUGCUCCCGAACGGAAGUAUUCAUGCAAGUUCUGUCAUCGAGCUUUCUCGCGGAGCGAGCAUCGAUCGAGACAUGAAAGAUCCCAUACCAAGGAGCGCCCCUUUAAGUGCAUGAAGUGCCGGAGCACAUUUGUACGCCGCGACUUGUUAUUAAGGCAUGAUCGGACAGUACAUGCAAAGGACGGAGGAAUCCCGCUUCACAGCGACGGUAAACGUCGGUCUGGCCCUAAGGCUCGUGCCAUUGCUGGGCCUUCGAAGUCGCCAAUCGCUAUUGACACUUCGGCACUCGAGCAAAUUGAAGCCACCAGCGAUGGCGUCUUCGACGUGGAGACGGCCGCAAUGCUUGUGGCCGAUCUUCACCACAAGGCCACAGCUGCUAUGCGCUCCAGCAACAGCCCUUAUGAAGGCGAUCCGUCCGCGCCUUAUUCGCCCCACGGAGCUACCAUUAUGGAGCCCACCGUGACAUACCCGUCUGGCGCUAUUGCGCUUCCUCAAGUUCAAUGGGACGGCUUCAUCUCCCAGUCUACCGUUCAGCCCAAGGCGCAUUCCAUUACUUCGUCUGCUUCCGGGUCCUUUGAUUCCCGACAAUCUUUCACAAGUUCGGGCACUUUGCAGCCCUCCGCUUCGCAACUGUCUCACGCCAACAGCCAGGGUUGCAAUGGCCUGGUUUCGGCCCUUCAAUCAAUGAUCGGGUCCCUGCCUCAUUCGACCGCGGGCACCCCUGGACCGCACAGCCCGCAUUUACCGCAGGACGACGCCGCUGCAUUCAUCGUCCCUAGCAUCUCCAGUGACGAGGAACGGAACGUCCUUCUCGACAACCUCCGGGCAAGCGACUCGGAACAUGCUAUUCCGGAGGGCUUCCGGCUGCCCAGUUUGGCGUCAGUGAAUCGAUAUAUGUCCACGUACUUUGGGCUAUUCCAUCAUCACCUGCCGUUUCUUCACCCGACGUCUUUUGACCCGACCAAGGUGUCGCCGGCCCUUUUGCUUGCCGUUCUCAGCAUUGGCGCUCUCUAUGCCUUCGAUCAAGACCAGGCAUAUAUGCUUCACAUAGGCUCCAAGGUUCUCGUUAGCCAAUUUCUGCAGAACAAGGAGAAUUUCAGCUCGAGGAAAUGCCCACUGUGGACGAUGCAAAGCUCCCUGCUCAAUAUGGUCUUCGCCAGCUGGAGUGGUGAUCCCAAGGGUCUCGAGUGGGCCUGUUCGAUCAAGAGUUUGUUGGCCAACAUGGUGGCAGGGAACAGGUACGAGCUGAAGCUCAGACAGGAAGCUCGUGGGGGCGCUCAGCCCAGUCGUGCCGAGUGGGUUGAGGAUGAAGGUUGUCGCCGGACGUACUAUGCCGUUUACAUCUUCUUCGGCCUACUCACGCUCACUUACAACCACACCCCGGCAAUCAGCUUCAAUGAGUUUGAGGACUUGCAACUUCCGUCUUCCGAAGCGUUGUGGAACCUCAAAGUGGCAGACGAAGCAGCGUGGCAAGAAUGCUUGAAGGCAACAUCGGUAGUUACCUUCAUGGAGGCACAUGACAAUCUGUUUCAGGGGGAAACGCUGAGGUACAGCGCCUUUGCGAGUCGCGUGAUGAUCAAUGCCCUCUUCCUCGAGGUCUGGUAUCACAAGCGCAGUCCCGAAGCCCUGCAGGACGUUGUGACCGAGUACAAGCUUCGUCUCGCUCUAGAGACAUGGGAGAAAUCCCUCGAGCUCUGUGAUCCAGAGACGACUCCUGUGCCGCUCAGUGCACCCCACAAGGGCCACCCCCUGCUCUUUAAUGCAAAGGCGUUGCAUCGAAACGCUCGAGCUCGUCUGGAGGUGGAUCUCAAGACCGUCCAGGAGGCCCUUCGAUACCACGAUUCCUACGAAGUCGCGGCUGCCAUGUCGAAUGCGCGAGACCGCGUGAAGAGGUCGACUGAAAUGGUCAAGGUCAUCCAGGAAUGCUAUAACUGCAUUGAAAUUGCCGUAUUGCAAGGCGUCCGCUGGGUGGCUCGAACGUCACCAACGAAUUGGAGCGUUGAGCACGUCUUGUGUGGACUAGACCUCAUGAUUACCCUCUCUCUGUGGCUCUACCGUCUGGAACAUGACGAGGAGCCCGCCACGGAGGAAGAACUGGCCAUGUACAACAAGGUGCGACAGCUCUUUGACAGAGAGCUUGAUGGAGCGCACGCACCGCAACUAAGUUCGAUCGUUGCUCGUCUUUGGGGCUCCAUGCUCGACGAGGUGGUUGUGUGGGGGUAAGUGUCCGAUGCCCGUGGGCCCCAUUCAUUCGUAUCUUGAUGUUAACAAUCAUGACAGGAUCACUAGACUCAUUGGCGAAUCCUUUCGUCUCCACUCCCAGGCCCUCGUCGGCUAUGUCGACGACAUGGAAGCGUCCUCCAGCGUCUCUACCCCUUCGAUGAUCUCGCAGGGGGCCGAUGAGGAUAGCGUGUACUAGUUGGAAGCCAUGAUUGAUGACUCGAUUUUCUUUUGUUUCUUUUUU